UACGUUGUGCGUAAACAAAAGUAUAAAAUGUAUAAAUUCAGAUAUAAAUAUUGAUUAACAAUGGAUAUAAACUGUGAGAGGUUAGGAAAUUUCAAUGUUAAAAUGAUUGGCAAGAUGGCGCCCGUCAAAUACCCAGUGUGCCCCGCGCGAUUGAUUUGCGCAUGUCAGUUAUUCGCAUUGCAAAUGGCGGCUCCUUGUUAUUGUUCAUGGCGUUUUAUGACUUGUCCCUUUAUAUUACCGAUUAUGUCGAGUUUUUUCGUGAUUCCUACCGCGCGCUGUGUGCAGAAAGUGAAGUAAGACUUGCCCGGCAUAUUUUUGAUUAAAAUUAGUGCUCCUGUGGUGUGGCUCCGUGCAUUUUGGACGCGAGAAAUCCCGCACGAAGUUGCAAAGAAAUGGGAAACAAUAAGCAUAUUUAUUAGUGCUGGCGUUGUUUGGAGUUGUCGGUUUAAAACCGACAAACAAACAUCUUAUCACCACAUUCUGUAGUGAUACCCUGAGGCGUUUGUAACCUCUCUGGGUAGUUAUGUGAUUUGUGGUUGUCAUGGCGGCUGAUAGUGAUGGUGAUCUGAUUCAAACGGUGGUAACGUGCGAGGGUAACCUAGAAGAUCCUGAAUUUCGGCAUAGGUUUAAAACCAUUGUUGAUCGUCUUAAAUCAUUACUUUGUAAAGAAAAGGGUGAUGGUUUAAGAGUAAAUAAAGUAGAGCCAUGGAACUCUGUCAGAGUCACAUUUUCAAUACCCAGAGAAGCUGCACUACGUCUUCGAGAAUUAGCAGCUCAGGGUUCUCCAGCUCUUACACAACUUGGAAUUCUUUCAGUGCAGGUUGAAGGAGAUCAGGUAAUAUCAUUGAGGAUAGCCAACCGCUUUAGUGGUGAAGCACAGGAAAUUGUGUUACGUUCAGGAUCCUCACAAGACAGUGGUGCCAAAUCUCAAAAUGAAUCCACUAGCAAUACAGCUAAUGCUGACAAUGACCCUCCAACAGCUUUACCUGGUCCAAGUAAUACAUCUAGUAUUUCUUCAGCAUUGCGUAAUGUGGCUCAAAUAAUAGCAGCUGGUACAUCAUCAGAAAAAGCACCACAGUUUCGUUCUCCAAAUGUAGUUGCACCUACAGACUGUGAUCCUAUCCCACCAUUUCUUACAAAAUCUGUACAGUCAGCAUCAGGAAGUAAUAGUGUUGGUGUAUCUGGAAAUCAACCAGUAACUAAUCCCAGUGCUUCGCCUAGGAAUAAUUAUAAUGGUCCAUUCCCAUUUGCCAGUAUGACACAUGCUGCCCAAGCAAUACAUAAUCGUGAAUCACAAGCAACAAUUAAAAGUGCAAUGCAGUUUAAACAUCAUGGACAGCCACCCCCGCCUUAUCCUGCUCAAGAGAAUUUGGCGACAGUAACAACAUUAACUACUGGUCAUACUACUACUCAGUCAGUUGUGUCAGUUGGUCAGUUGACAAAUCAGUACAAGUCUUCAAUUACCACUACAUCUAGUCUGUCACCAAACAAUAACAAUCUGGCAGGGAAUUCAAAUGGUAAUGGAAAUCAGGUUGCUCUGUCCAGUCCACUUCUUGUAAAUCUUUUACAAAAUGAUGCUGGAACGCACCCUAACAAUGUGAUACCUGGUCAGAAAAUGUUACCACCAGCUGUUAUUGAUAGUUCUGGAAUUACUAACCGUAUGAGACCCACUAAAAAACCAACAGUUAGAAGAAAAGAUUUAUCUUCGCCUAGUGAGUCUCCACCAAAUUUAGAUUCACUCAGAACAGAAGACCUUAUUGGAGGAACAACGGUCAUUCCUGACUUAUCUCAAUCUUCUACAUCUGCAUUUGCAACCGUUAAUACUAAUCAGCCUUCAACUAUUCCUCAGCAACAUUCAGUCAAUGUAAUUGGUAGCACUGGGCAAAAUAUGACGCAACAAGUAAUACAUCAAACUUCUACUAGUGGACAAAUGCAACAACCUGCCUCGUCAUUACAUGCUCAAGUACAAAUUCAACAAAAGUUUCCCAUUAGGCAAGAAUUGGCUUAUAGACCUUCACAAAUCCAAUUACAAAGUCAACUUCCAAUUAGACAUCCAGUGAAUGGACAGCAAAUUCGAACGCCUUUACAACGGCAGUUACUACUUCAACAACAGCAACAACAUCAAAUUUUAACACAACAGCAACUAAAUCAACAAAAUAUAAAUACUUCACAUUUGCUUACACAACAGACUUCAACUCAACAAUCACUGGUACAACAACAAAAUGUAAAUACGGCGUUACAGUCUACAUCUGUUCCCAAUCAACCGCUCCUGCAACAACAACAGCAGCAGCAACUGAUGCAACAUUCAACAGUAAGCAUGAGUAUUCCACAACAACGGCUAAGUUACUUAAAUAAUCAACGUCAACAAACUCCUCCUCCUUAUUCGCGACAACCGGUUCCACCGCAGUCCCAUUUAGGGCAGCAGAAUCAAGCACUGAAUGUGCAACAACAAUUACAUCAUAAUCAGCUUAAAAAUAUAAAUGUUAACACCAGUGCUACAGCUGAUUUUCGCUAUGGGCAGAGUCAAAAUAUUCUCAGUAGAAAUUAUCAACCUACAACAAGUAAUACUAAUGGGACCACGUGGAACGCACAAAAUAAUUCUAUUCCACAAGGUGCUCAAGUCAAUACCACACGUUUGCCAACUACAAAUCAGGUUUCAGGUGCCUUUUCUCAGUGCGGAUCUCACACUAACCACGUUUCUAAUAGUAAUGCUGCUUCGCCUACCACUAAGGUUGAAACAUCUGAAUCUCCUAAACCUAAAGAAGAGACACCUGAACCAGAAUACACGUCAACCGGUAAAAUACGACAGUUUCUUAUUAACCCUUUAACCGGCCAUUUGGAACCAAUGCCCAGUGAAAGUUCAGAUUCGGAACCAGAAAGUGCGGUGGAUAAUCCAGAUGAUUUCUUUUCCUUUCCAUCACCAUCAAACGAUCGAUCAAAUUCCAUAUUUUCUGACGACGAUGCAGACAGUAAUUUCUCAAGAAGAAACGAUACAACAACAAAUACAGAUCAAUCAGAUUCUGAAACCACGGUAAAAUCUACUGCCAGUGAAGGAAGUUUGAAGCAUAGUAGAAUAAAAUCAAGUAGAGAAACCGCACAGAGUCCUAUGCCUGGAGAAAAAAUCAAACUAAGAUUAAAGUUAGAAAAAUCUGAACCCGUCACUCCAGCGUAUAAAGUUGAUGUUUCUUUCGUAAAUACGCCACCAAUUAGGAAAGCCGAUAAAUCAGUAAAUAAAAUGUUUACCACUGGUAUUCCGAACUCAGGAAUCGGUGAUGAACCGAGAGUGCCUCCGUUACAUAUUUCCUUAAGAGGGCGUAAUGCUUCAGUAGUACAAAUCAGAAAAAAAGAAAAGAAAUCAUUAAAAGAUGGAGAAUUGGAUCCAACUAGUAUAAAAAAGAGGGGGAAGUUGAAAAAAAUGAAAGAGUGCUUAGAUGGGAACAAGUUGUUGCAAAAAAAGUCGUCCUUGAGCAUGAUAAUAGGUACUUCAUCCGCAUCCAAACUACCUUUAUCCAAUUCUACAAUGAUCAAUAGUACUAAUACUAUUAGCAAAGUUAAUAAUAUACUUCAAACAGUUGUAUCAAAACCUAAUGCCUUAAAACAAGAAUUACCGGUCGACGUUGUACAUGUUCAAAGUGGCAUUACAAAACCAAGUUCAAGUAAAAGCAGUGAUGUAGAUGAUAUACCAUUGAACAGUAGAAUUCCAUCUCCUUCAAAACACAAGUCUACUGUUCUGAAUCAACCAUUAAACACGCAACAGUCUUUAACAAAAAAUCAAGUUGAAUUAGAUGUUCCAAACCAUAUGCAAGAACAUAAAAUAGGAGGAGGAAAAACCAAAAGAAGAGAUUCUAAAAAGAAAUCAGAAUCGGGAGAUGGUUUACAUCGUGAACAAAAUUUAUUAUCUGGUGGUAGAAUAUUGGAUAAUCAGGCAAAAUGGAGAAAACUUAAUUAUAAAGCUGACGCGGCUCAGGCUAUAAGAAAAACCGAUGCACUUCUAACUGGAAAUGAUUUUAAUGCAGUCAAAAAAGUUGGGGAAAUUAGACGAACAAGUGACAGCGACAUUAAUAGAUCGGCAGUUGAAAAGAAUAAUACUUUGAAUGCUGUUGCUUCACGACUGACAGAAAUAAAUGGCAUAAAAAAGGAUUUAAUUAGCCAAGAAAAAAGAAGAAGAUUAAGUUUAAUGGAUGAAAAAGAUCUACAUUUAGGAGAAUCUCAAGAUACAGAGACUACACAUUUUAGUAAUCAGAAGACCAUUCCUGAAUGUUCUUCCACUAAUGUAGUUUCAAAUACAAAUACAAAAUCUACUGGUAAUUCAUCAUUUGAAAAUGAAAAUUCUGGAUUAGUACUUUCUAAUAUGCCUGCACAAAAUGAUUCAAAUUCAUCCACCAAUCUUGAAAAUAAAGUUUCUGCACACGUAGAAACUACUGUGAAAAAUACACAAGCAUCUGUAAACAGGAUUAUUUCGGGAAAAAAUAAAGCAGACAUAGAUAAUUCUAAAGCAAAUUCUAACAUUACAGUAAAAAGUCAAACUAUCAAUCAGAAACUAAAAAAUCAUAUGGUUUCAAAGAAUGACACAAAUGCUGCACUAAAUAGGCAUAAUAAAGUAGAACAUUUUAGUCACAAGAAAGUUAUUCAGAAUCAUAUAAAGCAGGUUGAUCGAGCCAUUAUAGAAAAUAAAGUGGAUAAUACGCAAAGAAUUAGUUUAUUGAAGACUACCCAAAGUUCAGCAAUAGGAAACUCAGUGGACCAAGUUCCCAGAUCCCAAAGUGUUGAUGUACCUUCCAGCAAGCCCACUUUACCAAUUGGAGAAAUUAAUGUGACGGAAGCAAAAGUUAAACAAAAAUUGCUUGAAACAACAGCUCCAAUUGCGAUUGGAGUGGACGCGAGUGUGGAAAGAGUUAGUAGUGGAGGAGGUGGUGAAGAUUCAGGCAUUGAGUCCAUGGAUGCUCUUUCAGAGAAGUCACCGAAUCAAGGGGAAUCUCCUUUGCAUAGGCCAGCGACUGAACCGGUAACACAAAGCAGUGCAAAGACUGCUGUUCAAGGGGAAUCUUCCCUACCAAUCACCAAUAAGAACGUGCCUUCCUCAACUAGUAGUAGUGAUAUGUGUUCAAAUUCCCAUUCAGAACUUUUGAAGUCCAGUGGUCAGCAAAGGUUAAGUCCUGUGUCUGUCACAAAUUAUCUUGAAAACCAUUUAAACCAUAAUAUGUCAAACUCUAGUGAACAUGACAUAAAAGAUGUAUCUAGUGAAAAGUCGACUUCAACGGCAACGAGAACUGGUGGUCAUAGUGACUUGAUUGCUAGUUUAGAAGUGGCUGAUAAUGAUAAAAGUGUAUCUAAUCCAUUAAUGACAGGAUCUGUGACUAUUGUGACAACUUCUGUACCCGGUACUGUGGAUAGUGAUAAUUUACUGCAAUGCGCACAGCAGCAAACAAAUGACUUUUCCGAAAAAGACAGUUGUAGCAUUAAAUUAGAAGGUUCUACUAAUCAGCAUGAUCAGGGUACAAUAAAUACUACGCAUGAAGUGUCAAGAGCCCCCGAAAGUGCAACUGAAGAUAAUGUGAAAACAGUCAUAGACGAUAAUAGUGCAAUUAGAUUAAAUGAUGAACCUCAUGGACAAAAUAAUAAUGGUGUGCCUGUAAUACAAAAUCAUGUUUCUUAUAAUAAAAUAAAGACAGAAAAACUUGAUAACACAGUUACAAGUGAGGCUAAUGCAGUGGCAGAUAACUCAUGUUCCGGUAGUCAAACUUUUAGUUCAGAAAUCAAAGUAGAAUCUAAUAUCAAUACAAAAGUCGAUGAUACAAGGCAAAACGAUCGUUCAGAUAAUACAAAAAGUUCUAACGUUUCUUUAAAUACAACAUCUGUUAAGUUAGAGCAAUGUUCUGAUCAAAACCAAAAAUCUAAUGUACAAAGCCAUCAAGUAUCUGUGAGAGAGUCUUCUAUGAAUCUUCAAAAAGUUACAGAUGACCUGGUUAAGAAAAUUGUGAACGAUACAAGUGAUAUAAACAUAGGUAUUCAAUCACCUUUAGGUGAAGAUCCUCAGCCGAUUAGAAUCACUCCACCACUGUACACAUAUUCUAAUCCAGUAGUUUUGCAAAGGGAUGAGACUCCAAGCCCAGCAGCACAAAAUCCAGAAGUGGAUUCCAGCGACGUUGAACACGUUAAACGGAAACGUAGAAGAAAACAGGAAUUAGAAGGGAGGCAAGAUGUCAUAUGUAUAGAAGAUAACGAUGAAACACAUUUUGUGGAAAGGUUGAAUUCUAAUAAUACAGAUGAUUAUGUCAAAAGAACACCAAAGUCAUUGCUGGAACAACUUCUAAUUGAAAUCCCGAAUGACACUAAUGAAAAAAGAUCUUUAAGAACGAGAUCCCAAAAAUUAAAUAGUCCUGAUAUUGUAAAGACUCCAAAAAGUAGUCCUCAUGGUCCUAAUAAAAUAGAAGAAAGACGCAGCAUAUCACCAUAUGCUAAAGCAAGUCCUAAGUUAGGAGUAUCAAAAUUAUCUCCUAAUACGACAAUAAAAAUAGGGAAAAGAAAACGUCAAGAAAGUGAGAGUUCUGUAGCAUCUAGUACUGCUGAUGAUCCACAACCAAGACCAGGAAAAAGGAAAUGCUCCGAGAAUGCUGCAGAACUCAUUAAAGCUUGUAUAGGUGUAGAUGAAGCUGCUUCAUUAAAAAAACAAGUACCUGUUAAAGAAGAACAGUCGAAAAAAGGAUUCAAUAUAUUGGCCAAGGCUAAGAAAGGUCCCAUUGUGGUAGAAGUAGAUUCGUCUGAUGAUGAGCCAUUGAUUGAAUCUGUAGGAAAAGCAAGAAUGCGAUUAUCAGACGAAACAUCCGCUGCAUCUCCAAAGUCUAAAGAUCAAAAAACAAAUACAAGCACAACUGUUUCUGGCAGUCAAAUUAAUUCCAGUAAUAUAUCAAAUUUCAAUGCCAGUAAUAGAGUGCAAAGAGAGAGCCGUUUAUUAACCACCAAGCAACCGAGUACAACUGCGGUAGUUACCGCUGGAAAGGAAAGGCUACGAGGUACUUCCGCAUCCAGUAAUGAAUCCUUAGGGGAAGUAACAACCAGAAGAUCUGUUCGGCAGAACACAGCUUCGCCACUGGCAACACCAGCAAGCAAUACAAGAGGUGCGUCUAGAUCAACGGAAGAUAUUACUAGACGGAAAACUCGAAGUGGUGCUGCGGGAACAUUGUUUUAGUAACAGCUGAGGCAGCAGAGCAGGCAAAGCGGAGGCGAAUAUCCCGAGAAAACAAAUGACCUUCGGGAAGUGACCUUGACAGUGAUUAGCUACCGUCGCUCGUCAAGGCCUAUCCGACUGAUUGUGUAUCUGUUAUAAAUGGUUAUGUGAUUGCCGUGUGGCUGGACCCCACCUGGUGAAACUACAUGCGUCAAUAGCGCACAAUGCUGUUGUAUGUGUUACAGGAGUAUCGUGUUUGGAGUGCUGGAUGGUAUUUCAAUGUUUUUAUUAUUAGCAAAUCUCCCUGAUGUUCGAUAAUACCGAUGAAAACAUUCGAAAUAGAUUUUCAGGUAUCAUUACUAUAUUUUUAAGCAUUGAAAAAGUUGAUAGGGGAAAAUGAGUAAAAAUUACAAUGUUUUUGUCACCGUCUAGCGUUCUCAGUUAUACUUUACUCCUAAAUAAAGUUUGGUUACUCAGAAUAAUCUGCUCAAUGCAUUAUACUUUAAUCUAAGUAACUGAACUGAUCCAAAACUGCCGAGUCAAUGUGCAACUUUCUUUUGCCAAGCUUUUACAACCUUGUAUUUAAUUAUUAAACAAAAAAAAAUCUAAAUGGACGUUGUUUAAUAAUGAUAAUAUAAAAUAUUAUGUUACUUCAUCGGUAUGUACAAAAUUUACACAUACAAAAUUUUUAGAUUGAAUACCUUAAUAUUAUUCUAUUAGACACUAAUUGCAAUAAGCAUUAACAAAUAAUUAUUUAAUCGAAAUCAAAACUGCUGCAUAUAAGGAAAAACAUAGUUUUACAUUUAUUAUUUGCUCAUUACAGUUAUUAGUUGAAGCAAGUUAAUAAUGGUAAAAGAAAGUCGAAAUUUUAAAUGCAUUAAACAUGAAGUUUGACUGUACUGCCAUAAGUAAUGUACGUUUUCAAGAACAAUUUUCAUUGACUGGUGGGGCUUAAGUCGCUACUCUGACGAAUUCACUGAUAGACUUUGUUUGAAAAUGUUUAGUUACUUGUUAUUCAUUUUAGUUUGUUUACAGUAUGAGUGGUCUUGCGUAUAAAUAAUUAUUUGUAAAUGGAAAACAUUAUAAUUACAUACAUUCUUCGUCAUUAUGCUAAAUAAUAUAUUC